GUUGAAUUUCAACUACUAGGAGCAAACCACAAAAGGACUCGUUGACGCGAAACUCAUCAAGCGAGGCUGCGCCUACUGUAUACAUAAAUCAUUACUCCCGAAGGAGUAUGCUACUAUCUGUUGUUUGUCUCACACAUCACUCCUUGGACCUCUCAUCAACAUCAAGUCUGUCAAGUCACCAACAUGUUUACGCUCAAGACCAAGCUCGUUUUGCGGCGCAAGAAUGUGGGCUCCGGGUCACCUGCGGAUGUAAAGCCUGUGAUCGAGUCCAAUUCGCCCUCUGACGAUGCAACAUCCCCUUCGAAGGCUCGCAAGCUUCGCUUCUUCUCCAAUCUUACACACCUCAAAAAGAUGUCUCUGGCUAGCAUCUUCAAGAAAGACUCCUCAGUCCAAAUACCUCUGACAAUGUCAACUUCUGCCACUCCAGACUCAUCCAGACACACCCUGGCUGUCUCUGAAGAUGGCUUCCUCCAUCCUGUUAUGCUCUCACCAGCUAAACAUUGGGAGAGUGGUCCAGACUAUGGGCUUUUAUCCUCCGCCGCGCACAAACCUUCGAAUCAGGAGGAUAUCAACCCCGAUCCUCCUGGUAGCCGCAUAGCCAGUCGCGUUACCAGUCUGCGAAUGAGAACUGCUGAAGUUUGGGCCAGUAUCCCAGCUACAGUGGAAGGACUACCAGAUUCAUGCGUAUCCAGCGAAGCAUCUACUCCAGUGAAAUCCCAGAUUGAUUCCUUGGGGCACGACGAGACUACCACCGUCGAAUCUGCAACAAUAGACAGCCCGUCGUUUUCGUCGCCUGCUACUUCUGUCACAGCCGUGUCAGAUUGGGGCCCGCGAGACUCGCUGGCAAAUCUCAGCAUGAUAGGCCACAAACAGGAGCAAAUACGCGUGAUGCCAAAGAUAUUACCUGCGUUGGAUGUUAUCUCCCUCGCCCGGCCGCCAGAGUUUCCACGUGCUAAACCUCCGUCUAAAUGUCGGACGCCCGAUGAGGACAAGUCCAACUAUACCCCCGAUUCCCCUGCAUCUGGAUGGGAGUUAUCCCCUGCGAUUUCAAGCAGCUCAUCAGAACAACGUGCCAGUCCGCGAGCAGCUGGGCUCCUGGACUCACCCUCUCCGCGUCCUCGUACUGUACUGAGCACUGCCAACGCUGCUAAGCAAUCUUUUCACUGGUUACCUGUCGUGCAGCUUUUCGCGAAUUCGGACGAAGACACCACAACGUCCAGCAUCUGUGGUUCUCUUACUCUGUUCCAGAGACCGCUCGCGACGGAGAUGUCUCUCCGCCCAUGGUCAUGCGCCAAGAUCGCGCGUGCUGAAACUAAGCGAGCGUCUCGUAAACGGGCUUCUUUACUCGCAUAUCUCGCUUCAUAGAGGCUAGCCCUCGAGAUGAUGGCUCUGUCUCUUUCAAGAGGCAGAAACACUUGUUCAGGACUACACGGAUUUCUCCUCUAUCGCUAUUCCCUGUCUUUUUCAUCGGGAUUAUCAUUUCAUUGGAUCACUCUAUCGCUAUUUCCUGUCUUUUUCAUUCUCAUUAUCAUUACAUUGGAUCGUCUUUGAUCGAUGUGCUCUGGAGCACAUUAUCGCACUAGUUUACUAUACCUCGCCUACAUCAUGUACAUCUUCUGCUCCAGAACUCACGCUGAUGAUUCCUACAGGUAGAAACACUUACUCAGGACUACAUACGAAUUUCCCCUCUAUCGCUAUUUCCUGUCUUU